AUGGCCUCCAUGCUACAGAAAGCCAUUAGACCAAUCAGAGGAUUGCACAAAUCUGCAGUGGAGGUCUCAAAGUACCUCGCCCCUGAGGACACAGUGACUGCAAGUUUUGGAAAGUUCAUCAGUGAAGUAAAACCCGAGCACUUAUCCUCUGUGGUCCUUCAUCGCAGUAAAAGGAUGAUGCUGGACAGCAUUGGAGUUGGUCUUCUUGGCAGCACAACAGAUGUAUUUCGGCUGGCAUUGCAGCACGCCCAGCUCAUGUACGCCCAUCAUGAUGUCAGCUCUGUCUACGGGGCCGGGGGCACCAAGCUCUCACCAACACUGGCGGCUUUUGUCAACGGAGUGGCGACUCACUCCAUGGACUUUGAUGAUACAUGGCACCCUGCCACACAUCCCUCAGGAGCAGUGCUUCCAGCUGUUCUGGCUCUCAGCGAUAUGAUGCCUGCCCACGGCAAACCCAGUGGCCUGGACUUCCUCCUGGCUUUCAAUGUUGGCAUUGAGAUCCAGGGCCGACUUAUGAGGUUCUCUAAUGAGGCCCAAAACAUCCCAAAGAGGUUUCACCCUCCGAGCGUAGUGGGCACAAUGGGAAGUGCAGCAGCCUGUGCUUGUCUCUUGUCGCUGACUCCCUCCCAGUGCAGUCACGCCUUAGCCAUUGCUGUUUCUCUCUCUGGAGCUCCGAUGGCUAACGCUGCAACUCAAUCCAAACCCAUGCACAUCGGCAACGCCUCCCGUUUGGGUCUGGAGGCUGCAAUACUGGCCUCUCAAGGACUUGAAGCAAGUCAGCUCGUCCUGGAUACUGUGGAAGGGAUUGCUGGUUUCAGUGCGUUCUACAAAGACUACGCGCCACAAGCUUUGGAAUCACCUAACGAUGGUGACCAUAUAUUUUUGCUAGAAGAGCAGGAUGUAGCCUUCAAACGCUUCCCUGCACAUUUGGGCAUGCACUGGGUGGCAGACGCCAUGGCCUCGGUGCACAAACACCUUGUUGGCUGGGGUCCUGGGACCGUGUCUCCGGCUCACAUUCAGUCCAUCCUGCUCAGAGUUCCAAACUCAAAAUACAUCAACAGGCCUUUCCCAGAGUCGGACCACCAGGCCCGCCAUUCUUUCCAGUUCAAUGCUUGCAGUGCUCUCCUGGAUGGGGAGGUGACUGUGCAGUCCUUCAACCAUGCGGCAAGGACCCGUCCUGAGCUCCUCCAGCUGCUGAGGCGUGUCCGUGUGGAGCAUCCCCAUGACAACCAGGCCAAUUUCAACCACAUGUAUGGUGAAGUCCAAGUAGCACUCGUCGGGGGAGACAUUCUAAGAGGGCGGUGCGACACAUUUUAUGGUCACUGGCGCAAACCACUGACCAAUGAUAGCUUAAGAAAGAAGUUCAGGAAUAAUGCAGGAGCUGUACUUCUUCCAGAUAAGAUUGAGAGACUGAUUCAAAUUGUAGAAGAGAUGGACAAACUCAGCGACUGUAGCACUCUUCUUUCACAACUCCAGUGA